UCUCUCUUAUAUAUUUUUUCCAUCAUUUAUUAUUCUUCUUAUUCUUUCACUUGUUUUUGAGGCUCUCUCUCUCAUUUGGAGUAUAUUGCUUCUCCCUCACCCCUUUCUCUCUCUCUUCUGUGUUUUUGGUAUAGAAAUGGGGAGAAUGGUUCGAAGCUGUCUUCAAUCGCUAUUGAAACUGGUGAAUUCGAUCAUAGGGAUGGUAGGAAUCGCCAUGAUUCUGUACUCCCUGUGGAUGCUGAGGAUUUGGCAUCAGAACCUCGUCCAUAGUUCAUCAUAUGGUAUCCCUGAAACACAUGCUCCCUGGUUUAUGUACACAUUUCUUGGCUUGGGAAUCACUUUAUGCUUCAUAACAUGCACUGGUUAUAUUGCAGUUGAGACUAUCAAUGGCCAUUGUCUCUCUUGUUACAUGGUAUUUGUCUUCUUGCUCUUCCUAUUUGAGGCUGGGAUUAUUGCAGACAUAUUUAUCAAUAAGGACUGGGAAGAGGAUUUCCCAGAGGACCCAACUGGGAAAUUUAAUGAAUUCAAGAACUUUGUGAGAACCAACUUUGAAAUGUGCAAAUGGGUUGGCUUGGUGGUUCUGGUUGCGCAGGCACUAUCCAUAUUCUUGGCAAUGAUCCUUAGAGCCGUUGGUCCUCAUCCAAGGAGAGACUACGAUAGCGAUGAUGACUACACUCCUGCAAGACUCCCACUCUUGAAGAACCAUGCACCACAGCCUCAAUUUGGUGUUGAACCUCACAUGGCCCCCAUGAUUGAUCCAUGGAGUUCAAGAUCACAUUAAAAGGUUAAUAGAUAAAGAAGAAGGGGUUCUUUGAGUUCAGACAUUGAGAGCCACGACCCAACGGGUAAUUGAAUCUUUGUACAAAUAGACUGGUCAGCUUUUUGUGCUGCCCAAAAUUCAAAGUAAGAACUGGUCUACAUGGUUGUUAUUAUCUGCUUCUAAUGAAAAGGGUACAUAUUUUUGUAUAUUGUAUGUGUAGGGGUUACAUGGAUUUCUUUACUUUCCAUUCUUAAUGACAAGCAAAUAUACUUUUGUGUAG